AGCCCCAGGCUCGAGCCAGCCCAGGUAGCCGCGCCUCGGGCUCUGGGGGCGCUGUGACCCGGCUCCUGACUGCGCUUGGGACCCCCUGCCUCCCAGAGCACGGCUGUUGGAGAGUGACCCCGACUGCUGUUGAUAGUGCUUCUUCUGCUCCCCUACUAGCAGGUCUGACCAGGGGCGAGCAUAUAUCCGGACGUACUUCCUGCCUGCGUUCCUCCUGCCUACAUCCAAUCAGAAUGGAAGCCAGGGAAGGAAAUCAGCUGACUCAGGAGCCGGAGUGAGAGCGGCAGCCGUGUGUGCACCCUCCGCCCCAGCCUGCACCAUGAACUUGCCUUCACCUUCUGCGCCUUGAGAGCCAAGGGAGGGCGACCUUGCUAGAGAGAGAUGGCUUUCUUCACUCCCUGGAAGUUGUCCUCUCAGAAGCUGGGCUUCUUCCUGGUGACUUUUGGCUUUAUAUGGGGGAUGAUGCUUCUGCACUUCACCAUCCAGCAACGAACUCAGCCUGAGAGCAGCUCCAUGCUGCGGGAGCAGAUCCUGGAUCUCAGCAAAAGGUACAUUAAAGCGCUGGCCGAAGAAAACAGGAACGUGGUGGAUGGCCCGUAUGCCGGUGUCAUGACAGCUUAUGAUCUGAAGAAGACGCUGGCUGUGUUGCUGGAUAACAUCUUGCAGCGCAUUGGCAAGCUUGAGUCGAAGGUGGACAAUCUCGUCAAUGGCACAGGAGCAAAUUCCACCAACUCCACCACAGCUGUCCCCAGCUUGGUCUCACUUGACAAAAUUAAUGUGGCAGAUAUCAUUAAUGGAGUUCAAGAAAAAUGUGUAUUGCCUCCUAUGGAUGGCUAUCCCCACUGCGAGGGGAAAAUUAAGUGGAUGAAAGACAUGUGGCGCUCGGAUCCCUGCUACGCAGACUACGGAGUGGAUGGGACCUCCUGUUCCUUUUUUAUUUACCUCAGUGAGGUUGAAAAUUGGUGUCCCCGUUUACCUUGGAGAGCGAAAAAUCCCUAUGAAGAAGCCGAUCAUAACUCAUUGGCGGAAAUCCGUACGGAUUUUAACAUUCUCUAUAGCAUGAUGAAGAAGCACGAGGAGUUCCGGUGGAUGAGACUCCGGAUCCGGAGAAUGGCUGACGCGUGGAUCCAAGCUAUCAAGUCUCUGGCAGAGAAACAAAACCUUGAAAAGAGGAAACGGAAGAAAAUCCUUGUUCACCUGGGGCUUCUGACCAAGGAAUCUGGCUUCAAGAUUGCAGAGACAGCAUUCAGCGGUGGCCCUCUUGGUGAACUAGUUCAGUGGAGUGACUUAAUUACAUCUCUGUACCUACUGGGCCAUGACAUCCGGAUCUCAGCUUCUCUGGCUGAGCUCAAGGAGAUCAUGAAGAAGGUUGUUGGAAACCGGUCUGGCUGUCCCACUGUAGGAGACAGGAUCGUCGAGCUUAUUUAUAUCGAUAUUGUGGGACUUGCUCAAUUUAAGAAAACUCUAGGACCAUCCUGGGUUCAUUACCAGUGCAUGCUCCGGGUGCUCGAUUCCUUUGGGACGGAACCUGAGUUCAACCAUGCAAGCUAUGCCCAGUCGAAAGGCCACAAGACCCCCUGGGGAAAAUGGAAUCUGAACCCGCAGCAGUUUUACACCAUGUUCCCUCACACCCCAGACAACAGCUUCCUGGGCUUCGUGGUCGAGCAGCACCUGAACUCCAGUGACAUCCACCACAUUAACGAGAUCAAAAGGCAGAACCAGUCCCUGGUAUAUGGCAAAGUGGAUAGUUUCUGGAAGAAUAAGAAGAUCUACUUGGAUAUCAUUCACACGUACAUGGAAGUUCAUGCCACUGUUUACGGCUCCAGCACAAAGAACAUUCCCAGUUACGUCAAAAAUCACGGCAUUCUCAGUGGGCGUGACCUGCAGUUUCUUCUCCGGGAAACGAAGCUGUUUGUUGGGCUGGGAUUCCCCUAUGAGGGUCCAGCUCCCCUGGAGGCCAUCGCAAAUGGCUGUGCUUUCCUGAACCCCAAGUUCAACCCUCCCAAGAGCAGCAAAAACACAGACUUCUUCAUUGGCAAGCCGACCCUGAGAGAGCUGACGUCUCAGCACCCGUAUGCAGAAGUCUUCAUCGGCCGCCCACACGUCUGGACCGUGGACCUCAGCAAUCGAGAAGAAGUAGAGGAUGCUGUGAAAGCCAUCUUAAACCAGAAGGUUGCUGCUUUGCUUUCGUUUUAUCUUCUCCCUGCCUUCGUUAGACCCGUAACCUGGAACUUGGGCAGAAUGUUACAGUCUCUCGCUUUCAUAGAAGACCAAGACUUCUGCCAUGGCCAGGUGAUGUGGCCGCCCCUAAGCGCCUUGCAGGUGAAGCUGGCUGAGCCCGGGCAGUCCUGCAAGCAAGUGUGCCAGGAGAACCAGCUCAUCUGCGAGCCGUCCUUCUUCCAGCACCUCAACAAGGAAAAGGACUUGCUGAAGUAUAGGGUGACCUGCCAAAGCUCAGAAGUGUAUAAGGACAUCCUGGUGCCAUCCUUCCACCCCAAGAGCAAGCACUGUGUGUUCCAAGGGGAUCUCCUGCUCUUCAGUUGUGCCGGGGCCCACCCCACACACCAGAGGAUCUGCCCCUGCCGGGACUUCAUCAAGGGCCAAGUGGCCCUCUGCAAAGACUGCCUAUAGCAUAGCCACCCCGGGUUCAUUCAGUAUGGCAGAGGUGGCUCUGCUGGGCAGGGCCAGGGGGGCCGAAGUCAUUCAGGGACUCUGACCGGAGCCCGAACUCUUUGGUCCAGGGCUUGGAUUUGGUACUUCUCCAGCUGCCGUCAGCGCAUCCCAGGAGUUUACACCAAAACCGCAAGAGAACAGAGGUCAGACCAGGGGCCUGGCUUCUCCCUGGUGCAACGAAUGUCCUCUCUGUCCCGGAAAGUGUCCAGGCAGCUGCUCCGGGGUUAUUAUUAUUAUUAUUAUUAUUUUUUUUAAAAAAAGAAAGGCUAAAAGUCUGGAGACUCAUUCAACUGAAAGCAGAACAGGAAGAGGACUUGAGCCGAUUGGAAAGAACUUUGGGGACAUUCCUAAACCCAUUAAUUUAUUUAUUUGGGAGG